AAUCGACCCUUUGAAUCUCGGCAGUAUCUCGGAAAUACUCUCAGUUAGUCUCAGUUAGUUAUCUCAAGUCAAGUCAGCAGUCUCAGCACUCUCAGUGAUAAAAGAAAUGGCUUGCAGAAAACGACAUCUGAAGACACCUGAACCUAAGUCUACCAGCAAACAGCCAAGGUUUUCCACUAAACCGGAUGUGUCACACUCACAGGCUUCUGCCCAAUCCCUUCAGCCUGACAACAAAAACCAAUCUUCAUUUCUCCAAGGCUUACACUUCUACAUCCUACCUGCAUGUAUUGAAAAAACUCGUUUAAAUAUUUUCAAAAACCAAGUAUUGAAUUUUGGCGGCAAAAUUUAUGAUGACUUUGCCAGUAGUUUUAUCACUCACAUAAUAGUGGAAGACAAAAUGGACAUUGCUAGGAUACAAAGAAUAAUGCAAGUAGAAUCUUUGCCAGCAACAACAAUUGUUAAAUCUGCCUGGCUUAGUAGUUGUUUGCGCAACAAAGCAGUUGAAAGUAUAGAGAAGUAUGUCAUUCACCAAUCCUGUAAAGAAUCUUCAAGAGGUAAUCAAGAAAAAAAUAAUGAAAGUGAUGUAAGUAAAGAAGUGCGACUUCACUCAUUAGUGAAAAAUAACUCUGGUUCAGACAGUGAAUACUCAGCAAGCGAUGAAGAUAUAGUAGUCAGUAACACGCAGAAAGCUACAACUUUCUCAUCACCACGAAAUAUUCCAGUGGAUAAAUGGAUUUGUGCUCAGUCAUCUAAAAACGUGAAGCCCAACUUUAACCAAGAUAUUGUUGAUAAAUUAGAGGAAAUGGCUAGCACCUAUCAAAGCACUAACGACAAAUGGAGAGCCUUUGGGUAUCAAAAGGCUAUUCAAGCACUCAGGCGCCAUCCUAAUAGGAUUUCAUCAUGGGAGGAAGCCAAGUCUCUGACUGGUGUUGGAACAAGACUGGCAGACAAAAUCUGGGAGAUUGCUGAAAGUGGCCAGCUGCGUAAACUGAAAGAAUUUGAGUCCAGUGAUGAAGUGACUGUGAUGAAGCUUUUCACCAAUGUCUGGGGUGCUGGCCCUCACUCAGCCAAAAUCUGGUACCAGCAGGGUUUUCGCACGAUUGAUGAUUUGAGACAAAAAGCCAAUUUGACUCACCAACAGGAAGUGGGUGUGCGCUUGUAUGAUGAUUUGCUGGAUAGAAUGCCAAGAGAGGAAGCAGCAGAAAUAGAAAAAAUUGUUAGAACUGCAGCGGAAGAAAUAAAAGAGGGAAUUAUUGCUCAAGCUUGCGGAUCAUAUCGACGAGGGAAACUGGAUUGUGGUGAUGUUGAUGUGCUCAUUACUCACCCAGAUGGGAAAUCACAUAAGGGAAUAUUCCAGCCCUUACUCACUCGGUUAAAAGAGACAGGUUUUAUAACCGAUGACUUGGUAUCAGUAGAAGAAAGUGGGAACCAGAAGAAAUAUUUGGGUGUCUGCAAGCUACCUGGACCAAAUCAAAAGCAUCGACGUCUUGACAUAAUUGUAGUGCCUUACAGUGAAUAUGGCUGCGCUCUUGUGUACUUCACCGGAUCCGCCCACUUCAACCGCUCACUGCGACACUUGUGUAAGACACAGCAUAUGUCUCUCAAUGAACAUGCACUGAAAGCUGGGGUUGUGAGGAAGGGAGCUGAAAAGUUAUUUGAAGGUACUAUAAUACCUACCCCAAGUGAGAAGUCAGUUUUUGAAGCUCUGAAAAUUCCAUAUCGUCCCCCUGAGGAGAGGGAUCACUGACCUUUGAUGACUUCAAAUAGGUUUUUGUAACUAAAUGUCUUUGGGUUAAUUCAAAUUAAUUAUUCAUGAUACAAUAUUUUCACAAAAGAAACACUUUACAUUUCAAAUAAGAUGAUACUUUAACUUUGUGUUGAAAUGGUUUUUUAGAACUAAUUAUUUACUACCUAAGUGGUUUAUUUUUACAUAAUCAAUCAUCAUAAAGUAAGUUAUUUCCCUUCGCAAUUGUACAAAUAUUUAAAGUGACCAUUUUAUUUAUAUUUAAAAAACAAAACAUUUUAAUAAUUUAUGUGAUAAAAAAUAUUUAUUCAAUUUUUAGCAAUAUUUAUUUAUUCAUUUUCAUAUUUACAUAAAAUUGUACAUACAAUUUUGUACACACAAUUGUAAAAAUUGACAUUGCGAAUGUUCAGGUUUUAUGAAUGGCUGAAUGAAAAUACAUGUUAAACACAUUAUCAUAGUGAUGAAUAUUUUAAAUAAAUAAUCGUUUCAUUG